AUGUUUAUCUGCUCUGAUAAUAAUUCUGUAAUUGUAGAUAUCGGUACAGAAACAUAUAAGAUUGGUUACUCUGAUAAAGAAUAUCCUAUGUAUUUUAAUUCUUCAAAAACAUUUAAAAAUCAAUUUUUAUCUCCCGUUUCCUGUUCUACAAUAACUAAUAUCGAUUCUUAUAUGACACUUCUAAAAGACAAUUUACCUAAAGAUACUUCUUAUCUUUUAGUAUGCGAAAAUACUUUUGAGAAUGAAUCAGUAAAAAAUAAACUCUUGGCUGAAAUUAUGGAAGAAAAUCUUGCUUCGUCUGUAAUUUUUUUUAAAAGUGCUAUUCUUGAUACUUUUUCAUACAGCAAAACAACUGCGCUUGUUUUAUCUUUCAGUGGAGGAUCAUCACAAAUUGUUUCUGUGGUAGAAGGAUACGUUACCUACAGAAAAAAAAUAGACUUUGGUUGUGAAAACAUCACUGAAAUGUAUUUAAACAAGAUUGAUAAAAAUAAGCUAGAUAACAAAUUCUCGUCAUUUUCUUUUUAUGCUAAUGAUAAUUUUCUAAAUUUUAAAAAGUCAGAAUAUGCGAGAUUAAAAAAGGAAGAUUUCUAUUUAAAAUGUCAUGACAUAAGUUUUAAACAUCAGUUUGAUUAUUUACAUAGAGGCAUGUUUAAAAUAUUAGAACUUCUUGAUGAAGUCUUACAGAACAAUUCACCUGAUAAAAAAAGUGCUCUUCUAAAUAAUAUUAUUAUAUCUGGAGGUGGUUCUUAUAUUAAUAAUGUUCUAUCUAUUUGUCAAAAUAUUAUUUCUACUAAAUAUGGUAAAGAUAAUAUUUGUGUUAUUAAUCAUCCUUCAAGAUUCCAUACAUAUUUUGGAGGAGUGUUAGCAGGAAAUAUAGGAAAUUUUAAGAGUUUGAAUAUAGGAAGAGCAGAUUAUGCAGAAAGCGGUGUAAAUAUUUUUAAAAAGAAAAAUCACUCAUGGUUGAUAAAUAAAAAUAUUUAA